UACCGCAUUAGUUUGAGCUCACGUUCAUUCGAGUUUGGGAUUCCCAAAUUGUACAUAUUUCAUUUUUUGCUCGCCUGUAUAUAUAUUCGCAAAACAUUCUACUAUUACAUAUCCGCACAUAUCUAAACAAUAAAAAUUUGCACAAAUUACGACAAUCAAUUUUCCACCGAUAUUGUUGUAAAGUGGAGUUGGAAGCUGCUAGCAGAAAUACUUGAGCCCUAAACAGUAUUUGAUAAUCCUCAUUUAUGGAUCUUGUUGCGGUAGCAGACGCGGAGAAAUAUGCACAAGAACAACAAGCUGGAACCAAUAAAAAGCUUGAAGAAGCUACAGAAUAUUAUGAUGAUAAUUCAUCUGAAUUAUACUAUUCAGAAGAAUCUGUAGACGAUGAUCCCACUGGUUUUGGCUUGUACGGUAUAAUAACAACGGCCCAGCUGAGAGAAGCACUGGAGGAAUCAAUAACUACUAAUUUAUAUCCAGAAAACCCUUCCAACUUGGAAAAACUACUUCAGCAAAACUAUGCCGAUCGCAUAGUUUACUUGGAAACUACGGAAACAAUUUCAACAUCCGGCUUCCCAUAUAUAAUUAUGUUUCACAGCUUUAAAGAACAUGCAGCCAAACUACUGGGCUACAUCGAUAUACUUUUCCAGUCUGCACAGCAAUACGGUGACGACAUAUGCUUUGGAAUAACAGACUUUGAAAACUAUGAAGCCGUACUCAAUUACCGACCCGGUUCCGAAGUAUAUUGGAAGCGGUACAAAAAGACUGGUUUUAACAAACAUCGACGACCCGAUGUAUUCGCAGUAGACACAGAUAAUCGCAUUUAUCAAUUUUUAGGUGCCCUAAACGAAGACAGCUUAAAGCAAUUCAGUCUAAAAUUAUUGAAUGAUGAAUUGUUUAAAACUGAACCACUGCCGGAAGACGAUGGGGAGGGAUUCGUUCGUGUGGGUGUAGCAGAAAAUUUUGAGCAAUUGGUGCUCAAAAGUGAUAUUGAUAUACUCCUAGUGCUGUAUGGUAGCAAAUGCCCCUGCUCACGAGAACUGAUGCCAAUUCUGGAUGAAGUGGGAAAACUCCUACAGGAUGAAGAUAUCAUUGUAGUGAAAAUUAACGCAGAUUUGAAUUACUUGCCACUAAAAUAUUAUGCGUGGUACUACCCAACUAUAUACUAUGUAAGGCGGGACGAUAAAAACAAUUUGAUAGAAUACACCGGAGGGACGCGCACAGUGAACGACAUAAUCAAAUUCAUCGCCAAGCAUGCGACAAACGAUCUAGAGGAAUACAAUAGAAAUGGAAGACCGAGGUUUGAUUAGGAAGCAUUUUAAUU